AUGGUGAGAAACUUGUGCGGCCAUUGGAUAUCAGCCGUUCCCAUCCCUGGAUCAUUUGUAUGCAACAUCGGCGACAUGUUAAAGAUACUUUCAAACGGAGUAUACAAUUCCACACUUCAUAGAGUGAUCAAUAACUCUCCUCAGUACCGUGUCUGCGUUGCAUUCUUCUAUGAGACUAAUUUCGACGCGGUCGUGGAGCCAUUGGAUAUAUGUAAACAGAAGAACCCUGGAGGGAGAGGAGAAUCCCAAGUUUUCAAAAGAGCUGUCUACGGAGAGCAUCUGGUAAGCAAAGUCCAGACCAACUUUGCAAUGUAA